UAAAAUACCAAAGUCGUGUAGUGACUGCUAGAGUUGAAAGAAGAAGAGCGUGUAUUGAAUUUACAAAAUCGUGUGAAAUGUUAUUGCGCUAAAAUAUUCAAAAUGUCUGAGGAAACAGUAAGUGAAACAACUGAUGCUGCCAGCGUUAGUGGAGCCAGCAGCUCCAAGCUGACAAAUGCCCAAAAGGCGCGCAUCGAGCGCAAUCAAGCCAAGGCGCAAAAACUAAGGGAAGCCAAGCUGGUCUCGCAUCCCUACAAGAAUCUACAAAAUAAUGCCAAUGGGGAGCAACCAGUUGCUGGCCAAAACAAUUCCGUGAUCAAAGUGCAGGGCACCAAAUACAUUGACAGUGGCGGCGGCUUCCUAUUGGAACAGCCUGUCCUGGCCUCGGCCAACAAAUCCACAGAGGAGCCGGUUGUGGCGCCCAUUAUUGAGGAUGCCAUUGCCAUACCGGUGGUGUAUGAGGAGUGCCUGGACUGUGGCGAUCAGUAUGCCGACUCGUAUCUGUUCAAUAACUUUGGCUACUCCGUCUGCGACAAGUGUCGGGACACCGAGGAGCGUCACUCGCUGAUCACGCGCACCGAGGCCAAGGCGGAAUAUCUACUAAAGGACUGUGACUUCGAUAAGCGUGAGCCGAAGCUACGCUAUAUAAGUCGCAAGAAUCCGCACAAUGUGCGCUGGGGCGAGAUGAAAUUAUACCUGCAUCUGCAGGUGCUGCAGCGCGCCAUGGAUGUGUGGGGCAGUGAGGAGGAGCUGAUGCGCCAGCAUGAGCAGCGCGACGAUAAGCGUGUGCUGGGCAAGACGCGCAAAUACAAUAAGCAAAUGAAGCAGCUGCGCAUGGAGGUCAGAAGCAGCAUUUAUACAAAGAAAACAACGGCCGUGCAUGAACACGAAUUUGGGCCAGAUACUUACAAUGAGUUGGAAGACAAUUAUACCCAUUCCUGCACAACUUGCCCUUACACCGAAACCUAUGAGAAAAUGUAGAUGUUCAAAUCUCUCUCAAAAUUCGUUUAUAAUUCAUCUAAUUAUUAAAUAAAUAUUUAUGAUAAAUUGCCCAUAACAAAA